GGCCCUACGACGCAGUAGAAGCAGAGUACCACAAAUCGCUGGCGUUUCCCCAGGUGGCGGACAAGGUCACCUGCAAAAUCGAAGAUGGGUUGACAGCGAAUAUACGUGCCGAAGAUCUGAUCGAGAAGUUACUAGCGCGUCACCGUUAUGUCCACCUGGAACUUACACAACGCGAGCAAAACCAUUUGCUGCACGUGCAUGGGAGUAGCGAGCGGAUCCUGAGAUUUCUACUUUCAGCUUCGCAAGGGCUUCACGACGACAAAGUGCAUCUUCUACCUGAAAUU